GAACGUCACAAGCUGGCCUCAGCCUUUGCGAGGAAACACAGAAACAGGUAGUUCAAGAAGUCCAUUCCCCAGCAAAGACCAUGGCAGAGCGCACCGUCCCUCACGCCUACCCCAUGAGUACGGAGUACGAGUUUGCCAACCCCAGCAAGGUUUAUGAUCAGAACUUUGGCGAAGGUGUUUCCCUGGGAGAAAUCAUGGCCCCCACAUUGUACCAUGGGUACUAUAUUAGACCUCGGAUUAAUAAGCAGCUGGACCGAGGGAUCUCAGAGGUCACCCUCAACGACCACAAAUUCCAAGUGUUCCUCGACGUCUGCCAUUUCACACCGGACGAGAUUGCUGUCCGCACAGUGGACAAUCUCCUGGAGGUGACAGCUCAGCACCCACAGAAGGCCGAUCGACAUGGUUUCAUCUCCCGGGAGUUUACCAGGACCUACAUCCUCCCUCUGGAUGUCAACCCUCUCUUGGUCAAAGCCACCGUGACCCACGAUGGCAUCCUGAGCGUAGAAGCUCCGCGGACAGGAAAGGAAGUGAAGGCCAAAAUCAAUGAGGUGAAAAUAACACGUCAAGAACAGCCAGCAGAGAAAGGAGGAAGUUCCAAGGAGAAGUCACAAACCUAAAACAUUCCACAAGCGUGGCCUGGGGUCAGGGUGGGUCUGGAGAGACUGCUUCAUACCUUCUGUGCGAUGCCCACUUUUUUCCGUUUAGUAGACCCUAUCUACUCCAGAAAUGUACAUUAGUGUCUUAUUGCAGCUUGAGGACAAGGCUUUCCCCAAAGAACCAUCACAACUGUCAUUUGAUGGAGUGUUAAGAAUUCUCUCUCUUUUUUGGGGGGAGGGUAACCCUUACCCUUCUCUCAUAGAACAACUACCAGGACUCCUUCAGAAAAGAUUGUUAAACUCAUUUAAGUAUGUAACAUGGACAUGCCCCAAAUGACUUCAUCCCCCCCACCCCUCAAACUACUACAGCACCUCUGAUGUUGUGAUACAAACACCAAAAGUGUUUAACAAUUGUGCCGUCAGUUAUCUUGGAUCACCCCCUUUGUCCACACACCCAUGAUUAAAAAAAAGUUUGGGUUGGUCCUUCU